AUGCCUAACCUUCUGAAGGACCUCGUCUCGAUGGUGUCGCCCCAGUUCAAGCGUCCGAUGCAGUCGCCCUCUACCACGAACCGCCUCUCACCUACCAAGCAGAACGUGACUUCUGGCUCCUUCGCCGAUCUCGCAGCCCGGAGGGAGAACGUCAACGCGGGUGUGACCGUGGAGCAGCAGCAAGAACAAGCCAAGAUGGAUUCCUUCAUCUUCUUUAACAUGAUGCGGUAG